UGUCAUGACUAAAUCUAUGUUGUUAUUUUAACGGAAGCAUGGGUGGACUACAGUAACUAUAUUACCCAUGGGUGACGUGGACUGUGAGCUGAGCUCAGUAACAGCAGAGAUAAGGGAAAAAGUACUAACUUCUCUCUGGUAACAGUCACCUAUCAACUAUCUGGUAAUACCAAUUAAAAUAAGAUAAAACCGGACCCAGGCAAAAUAUCACAUCCCCGAAAAUCAUACCGUUACGUAUAGACAGACUAUAUAACACAAACAUGUUCUGAGAUGCAAGCUUUCUGCUUCCCAAUGAUCAAACAUGAAUAAUACAGGCAUAUUCCAAUUCAAAAUCAAAAACCUAAUCCUCUAACCACUGAAGAACGAUGUUCUCCACUCCGUGCUCUAACCUACGUUUUGGCUUUUUAGGUUAUGUCUAUAAUUAUACAGCUUGGCUGUACGUCAGCUUGUGAUUUUCGGGGAUGCAAUAUUUUGAAUAAAAUCUCAAUUUUCCUCCUCGAGGAAGUGGGUAACCGAACUGAUCACUAUACGUUUCCUGGAUUAAUGUCGCCUGAUAUACGUUUCAAUAUUUCCAUUAUGAGCAAAAAUUCUCCUUUGUAAAACAUUAUUAAUCACAAGUAUUGAUCAUUUUCGUUCAUAUAGACUACAGUUUUAUUUGUGUUUAAGAAAUAUUUUCUUCAAAGAAUUUUCUCCACUUUGAUUUGAAUUAUUUCAUCUUGUGAACAAAACGUGCUUAUACUAAUUAUGAAUAGAGUAUGUAAAUAUUUUCCCGUUAUUCUGAUCGUAUUUACAGGGCCCGUGCAAACAACACACACACCAAUUGAAAUGACAAUAAAAUCUGAAAAAUCAAGUGGGACAAAAUCCUGUCGGUUACCAUCAGCACCGAACACAAUCUAUUUCCAGAAGGUGUCUGCUUCAGAAAACAAAAAGCAGAUUUUAGCUCCGAAUUCAGCAGUGAGAGGGAAUGCAACAGUGGUGCACCUCGAAUGCCGUGAUAAAGUGAGACAGAGUACCUCUUUCCAAGGAGAAUAUUACAUGGUCUGUUAUGAUGGCCAAUGGUUCCCACCUAAUAAUGUGUGCAUUAAGUUUUGUCCGGCUUUGAGUUUUCCAAACUCAAUGUUUAAAUGUUACCUUAAAAAUGAACGAGUAUCUUGUGAAGAGAAGAUUCUGCCAGAAACAAGGGCUGAACGAACAUGCAUAUCUGGCCACAUUGACCAGUCCAAAACCUCAAAAAAUAUCUGCAAAGAGAAUGGGGAAUGGAAACACAACUUUGCUGAUUGUUUUCUUGGCCACGGAGUACUAGCAAACAUCACUGGAGCCAUUGAAACGCUGUUGAAGAGUGGUUGAAGUGUUGAAGUCGUGAACUCUUCGGUGAAAAGUCAUCCAAUGCCAUCAAACAUUCAACCCUCUCUCUCUUUCUGAUGUUAAGGAAAGCAAAGCAGGAAAGAAUAAUUUCCUAAACCAAUUCAAGAAAAUUUCUUUUACUUCUCAAAUAGUUGCGAAUAUAUGACCAUAUAAAA